AUGGAGGCGGAGAGCAACAGGAAGGCGGUGGUGGCCUUCUUUGGGCGCCUGCAGCGGCAGGUGGAGGCGUGGGAUGCGACGAGCGUGCAGGGCGGCACGCACUUUGUGAAGAUGAACAACCUCCUGCCCACCCUGCCGCUCCUUCGACCAUCUGCCGCCGGUGAGAUGCAGCGAUUAGCGCCCGAGAUUGAGGCCGCCUUCCCCGAUCUCCGGGACAAGCUGGUAGACCAGCAUCGCGUCCUCAUCGAAGAACACAUCAAAGGCAUCCAUCUCUCCAUGCGAGGACUGGGCGCGGUGGUGCGAAACAUGCGGCGGGUGAGCGACGAAGCCUGGGCACACUACCGCCUGCACGUGGCCGCAUCGCCCGCCGAACGCGACGCUGCCUUCGUGCGCGGAGGACUCGCGCUGGCUCCCUCUUUUGUGGAGGUCGUUGAGUACAUCGACGUCAUCGCCAAGAUGCACGAAAAGGAGUUCCUGCAGCGGAAGCGGUUGGUGGAGAACAUCAGCUACGAGCACGCCGCAGAGACCGAGGGCCUCCUGCAGGUGUGGCUCACCGAGCCACACAUCGACAAAGCGCACAUGUCGGAGAUGGUGGGGGUCGUCGAGAACAGUUCCAUCUUGGCCUCUUCACUAAAGACCUGA